AUGUGGCUGGGGGUUGCAGUUCUGAUUUCUCUUGCUGGAGGCUCGGCUGGGGAGGAAGGAACUGAUGAUGAAGGGACCCCCUGCUCGAAGUACCAGCAAGCUUUCAACCACUCCUGCUAUGAGUUUGUGAGACUCCAGCAAAGCUUCACAAGUGCCCAGAGCUGGUGUGAGAGAGGAGGAGGGCACCUUGUCUUUAUUCAGAAUGAGGAAACUCAAGAGUUUUUGCAAAAACACAUUGCUGAGGAGCAGGAGUGGUGGAUAGGACUGAUCUCAAACUCCUCGCCAAAUGAAACUACUCACGGGUCGAUGAUUUGGCUGGACACUUCAAAUAUGAGCUACACUAACUGGCACAAGGAUCAGCCAUCUUCCAUCUCACCCACUUGUGGGUACAUCCUGAAGAAUGCCAAGUAUCAGUGGGGUGUGACUGAAAAUUGCAGCCAGGAAUUUGACUUCAUUUGUGAGUUUGAAUCUGGCCAGAGCAUUGCCUGUGAUAAUUACAAUGCCACUGUACAGUGUGGAUCUGGAGAAGUUAUUGAGAUUGGAGAGAGCUUCUAUGGACGAAGGACCCCUCAUUACUGUGUGUCUGACACUCCUCUCCAGGAGGACACAGGUGAAAGCUGCAGCUGGAGCAGUGUCAAAGAUGAAGUGGCAGCCCAGUGUCACGGUCUCCAGGCCUGCCAGGUGACAGCAGAUGGCACUUUCUUUGGGGAUCCUUGUCCAGCUUGGGGAAGCUAUUUGUCUAUUCAAUACCACUGCAGGGAAGGUCUGCAGCUGGUGGUGACAGAUACAUGUUUUGUCUCUGAAAAUGUCACAGUGAGUCUGAACUGGCUGCUCUCACCAUACUCUGGCAACCUUUCCUGUACCAUCAGCACUGGAGAUGGUCACACUAUCGAUCCUUACUACCCUCCAACCAACAUCACACACAGAUACUCCUCUCCUGGAGAGUUCACUGUCUUUGUGGAGUGCAGCACCAGCGAGUGGCACGUGAUGGCCCAGAGGCAGGUGACAGUCCAGGACAAGAUGGAUCAACUCAGCAUUACUGGGUGCUACAGCCAGCACGGAGCUGGGAGCAGCUCUCACUGCCAGGCACUGUAUGGGGAGGUGUUGUGGAUUCAGGUGGAACUCAAUGGAGGCAGUGGAGUGACCUACAUUAUGGUAGCAGAUAACAUCACCCUGGCUGAAUCCAGUGCCAAGGAAGGAAUUACCCCUCACAACCUGACACUGGACAGUGCCUCCCAAGAGCUGCUGGGCCCGGGGACACAUCAGCUGGAAAUCCGAGCGUCCAGCAACACCACGGCCUCGGAGAUCUCCGAGACUUUGGCUGUUCACUUAGUGGAGCCAAUAUCUGGUCUUGAGGCUGUGUUGGCCUCCCACACUCUGCAGCUGGGGGAGAACGUGCAGGUGAAUGUCUCUGUGCAUCGAGGUGCCCCGGAUGAGGUGACGGUUGAGGUGACAGGCUCGAACGAGACUCGCUGUCACACGGAGGAUGGGCCUCGUGGGGAGCCUCGCACCUACGUCAUUCCCACGCACUCAGAAGGUAUUUUCCUGGUGAAAGUGGUGGCCAAGAAUGCCUUCUCAAACAUGAGUCUGGAUCUUGGAUUCAUCACUGUGUUGGCAAACUCUUCCCAUAAAAGAGGUAAUUGCGUUAAUCUGACAGUGCUGGUUUUGAGGACACUUCUUGCAAUCAGAGCCCUUAAUGGAAUAUUUAUAGAUCACAAAAGAGAAGCCAAAAUCUAUGUUAGACCGAGUCGCCACGUGGAUCCUUUCACAGCUGUUACACUUGGCUGGCCAGACAACACCAGGAAUUCCAGUUUUCUCUGGUCCUGUGGAGCUUGCUGGCCUGCAUGGAGUGAAUGUGUGCUGCAACAGAUCAUCCUAACCAACCAAUCUGAGGUGCAAAUCCCACCUCCCUGCCUUCCUCCCCCGAAAUCAGCAGUGACUGUCAGGAUUACAGUCCGAACCCACGGCGGUGAAGAGAGGCAGGACGAGCAGUGUCUCUAUGUGACUGCAAAACAAGAACUGCAGCUGGAAAUCAGGUGUGAGGCAAACUGCAAACCAGUGAAUGUUAGUGAGGAAGUUGUUUUGAGUGUCUCUGGACAGAAGGACUCCCAGGCCAUACAAUAUAACUGGUAUUUGGAUAACACAUCCCAGACCAAGUCUACAACCCUCCCUCUGGCCUGUGGCCUGACUGGUUUCCGGCAGAACUCUUUGAAUUUGCUUCAAAGCAACACAUCCGUGUUGAGAAUGAACAGCUCCUUCUUGCAGACACAGGGAGAAGCUUUUCAGAUUAAAGUAACAGCAGUGACUCAGCGCCGCUACGGGGAGGGGAUGUACCUUGUCAGCACCGUGUCCCCGCCCGCCAUCCCCGCCUGUGCCGUGUCUCCCGAGCGGGGAUCCGUGCUCUCCACCUUCAGAGUCUCCUGCAGCGCUCCCGGCGUGGUGGAUCCCUCGCAGCGCGGUCCCAACAGGCAGCUCACGUACUGCUUCUAUCUGGAACCAAAUUCUCUCCUGGACUGCAGCCCGGAUCCUGAACUCUUCCCAGUCUAUCUUCCACUUGGAGGAGAGGAGAAUAACUUUACUGUACACGUGACAAUUACUGUUAGCAACAGCUUUGGUGACACAGUUCAAACAAACGCUUCAGUGAAGGUUGGACCUGCAGAUGAGAUGGAUGGGAACCUGACCCUGCAGGGCAUGGUGUCUGAGAAGGCAAACACCAUCCUGAGAGAUGGGAACAACAGCAUGAGCCUUUUGCAGCUGUACAAAUCAGUGACAUCUGUCCUUAACCAGCAGAGCCAAGAGGAAAGCUUUAACACGUCUUUACAGACAAACACACGAAAAGAGCUCCGAGGGCUGAUGCUGACAACUCUCUCUGCUGUUAAUGUAACAUCAGUGCAGGCUGCUCUUAAGAUGUCAGAGGUGUUGAAAGAAAUCACUUACAGGAGUGAGGAGCUGUCUGUCUCAGCACAGGUGGAAGCCAGCAAUACUCUGAAAGAUGUCAGUGCUUCCCUGCUGGCUGUGAACCCUGAGGACAGCAGAGAUGAUCAGAAGUUAAAGGAAGCAGCCAACCAUCUCUUUAAUGCAGUGAGCAACGUCCUUAAAGCUUCUGCAGAACUCAGAGCUGUGAACUCUUCAGUGCCAGAGGCAGACCAGAUUUUGGUGUCCCACCAGCUCCUGAGUACAGUGGAAAAUCUCCAGAGUGCCCUCCUGUUUGGGAAAGCCCCGGAUGAUGAACCCACAGUGCUCACCACCCCUUCUGCCACAAUGUACAUGCACAGAUUACAAACAGAAAACAUGGAUGGCACGUCCAUUAACAUCUCCAAUUCCAGCUCUGCCAGCUUUACUCUCCCAUCUGCUUCCUCUCUCAGUGUUUCAGGACUUGAUGAUGAAACAGUGGAUAUAAGGAUGGUGAGCUUUGCUGUGAAUCCCUUUUUCUCCAGUGACACCAGUUUUGACAUCAGUGGAACAGUGGGGGGUCUAAGUCUUACUGGUCUGGAUGGCUUGGUCAUACCAGUCAGCAACCUCAAAGAGAACAUUGAAAUCAUGUUACCAAGGCUUUCAGCAACUCAGGAAGAUAAGAUUCUGUUGAAUCUGGGCAAUUAUAGCACUUUCCAAGUCAAUGUUACCUCAGAUAACACAUCUGUAGUGAUCCACCUGGAAUCUGAACACGACAUCCCACUAAUCCUCUACCUGGGGUACGGUUAUCACCCAAAUGAGACUAAUUAUGAUAUGAAAACCCAUCUGUUCUCUAAGAAAGCUGCUGGAGGUGAGACAAACACCUGGGUUCUCAGCCCAGCAGAACUCAUUUUUGGAGAAGGGACCUACUAUUUCACGGUUUUGCAAGAUAUGGGAAUGGAUUCCACAGUCCAUGCUGGGCUAACUGUGGGUGUCACUUGCUUUGCAUCCCGCUGUGUAUUUUGGGAUGAGCGCCAAGGGAGCUGGAACAGUCAUGGAUGUCAUGUAGGACCAAAAACAAAUCCUAGAAGCACACAGUGCCUGUGCAACCACCUGACUUUCUUUGGGAGCUCCUUCCUCGUCAUCCCCAAUGCCAUAGAUGUCAGCAAAACUGCACAGCUCUUUGGCACAUUUGUGGACAAUCCUGUGGUGGUGACAACUGUAGGAUGCAUCUUUCUGAUAUAUGUGCUGGUGGUUAUUUGGGCUCGAAGGAAAGACAUCCAGGAUGAUGCCAAAGUGAAAAUCACGGUCCUGGAAGACAACGACCCCUUUGCUCAGUACCGGUACCUGGUGACAGUUUUCACAGGACACCGCCGUGGCGCAGCCACAACCUCCAAGGUGACUCUCACCCUCUAUGGAAUGGAAGGAGAGAGUGAGCCCCACCAUCUAACUGAUCCUGAUACACCUGUGUUUGAACGUGGAGGAGUGGAUGUUUUCCUUCUCUGUACCUUCUUCCCUCUUGGGGAACUGCAGAGUAUUAGACUGUGGCAUGAUAACUCAGGGGAUAGUCCGUCCUGGUAUGUGAAUCGAGUAUUAGUCCAUGAUCUGGCAUGGGAUCAGAAAUGGUACUUCCUCUGUAACUCCUGGCUAGCCAUUGAUAUUGGAGAAUGUGUCCUAGAUAAAGUGUUCCCAGUAGCUACAGAACAGGACAUGAAGCAGUUCAGCAAUCUGUUUUUCAUGAAGACCUCCAGGGGUUUCCAGGACGGGCACAUCUGGUACUCGGUUUUCAGCCGCUGCCCACGCAGCUCCUUCACGCGCGCCCAGCGCGUGUCGUGUUGCUUCUCGCUGCUCCUGUGCACCAUGCUGACCAGCAUCAUGUUCUGGGGCGUGCCCAAGGACCCAGCCGAGCAGAAGAUGGACCUGGGUAAGAUCGAGUUCACAUGGCAGGAAGUGAUGAUUGGCUUGGAGAGCUCCCUCCUCAUGUUCCCCAUCAACCUGCUCAUUGUGCAGAUCUUCAGGAACACGCGACCCUGGCCAGCCAAGCAGGGCACAGAGAAGAAGCCGGGGAAGAACGGCCGAGUGUCCCCAAGGGAACCCCCCACCCCAGAGGCCACCCAGGCUGCCUCGCUCACUCCAGAGGCUGUGACAAAGGACAUAAGAAGAAUUGCCAACUCACUCUUUAAAGCCCUGAAGACUCCACCUCUCACCUCAGCAUCAGAUCUUGGAAAAGCAACAAACAUCAACACCCUUCUGUCGUUGGUUGAGGACGUCAUCUGCCAGCAGAACAGAGCUGGGCAAGGGUUUUACGACGGGAGCAAGAAGGAUGGCCCUAUAAUUGUCACUUUAGGUUCUGUGGAUUUGCAAGAAAAAACAAGCCCAACUCCAGAGAGGAGAAUCUGUGAGCGACCAAAACAUGGUGAUUACAAUCGCUGCUUGUACACACAGCUCCAGCAGGUGGAGAUGGAGCUGGAAUUACUGGGGCCCCAUAAAUUCCAGCUGCCUCAGAGUUACAGCCAAGCUGUUCAUCAGGUUCAGCACAUGAAGAGCCUCCUGGAGCAGAGAAUGAACUCAUCAGCGCCCAUCAGUGAGGGGUGGUCCCUUAGUCCAGACUUGUCCGGUGAUGACAAGAAGAGUGUUUCUUCCAAAGGGCUGCCCUGGUGGUUUGUGUUCGUUGGGUGGUUCCUGGUGGCAGCCACCAGUGGUGUGUCCGGGUUCUUCACCAUGCUCUACGGGCUGCACUACGGCAAGGACAACUCCAUCAAGUGGCUGAUCUCCAUGCUCAUCUCCUUCUUGGAAAGCCUUUUCAUCACACAGCCCUUAAAGGUGCUGGGAUUUGCUGCUUUUUUUGCUCUGGUUCUGAAGAAGGUGGAACAUGAGGAUGUAGAAAACCCAGCUAUCGAUGGGCCUUUAUCUGCACCAGGUGAUUCACACCCUCUCUUAGGAGCCCGAAGAGACAGUAGAAGCAACAUUUACCGGCCACCUCCUGCAGCUGAUGUGGAGAAAAUGAAAAUCAGCUGCAUGAAGGAGCAGAAAGCAUUUGCCCUCAUCCGAGAAAUCCUGGCCUAUGUUGGGUUUUUAUGGAUGCUGUUACUGGUUGCCUAUGGGCAGAGAGACCCCAAUUCCUACUAUUUGAACAAGCACAUUGAGGACAGCUUUACAGCUGGAUUCCACCGUGUCUACAGUUACCAGGAUUUCUUCACCUGGGCAAACACCACCUUACUCAAAAACCUUUAUGGAUCAUAUAAAGGAUUCAUCACGGAUGGCAAUUCCAAGCUGGUGGGUAGUGCUCGAAUCCGCCAAGUAAGAGUGAAAGGAGACACCUGCCCUAUUUCUCCCAAACUCCAGCAUGUAGUUGAGCAGUGCCAUGCUCCCUACUCCCUACACACAGAAGAUACAUCAGUUUAUGGGGAACACUGGAAUACUUCAGCCUUUGAUAACUCCUCUGACCUGAGCUCAGCGUGGCAGUAUCAGAGCCAGUCCAAACUGAGAGGGCAGCCCAGCUGGGGUAAACUGGCCAUCUACAGUGGAGGGGGAUAUGUGAUUCACCUGGGAACAGAUCCUGGCAAUGCCUCCAGAAUUCUCCAGUACCUUUUCAACAAUGUCUGGCUGGACACCUUCACCAGAGCAGUGUUUGUUGAAUUUACAGUCUACAAUGCCAACGUGAACCUGUUCUGCAUCAUAAGCCUGAUGUUUGAGAGCAAUGCUUUAGGGGCCUUCUUCACAAGUGCAGAGCUGCAGAGUGUCCGGCUUUACCCCUACACCAACAGCCUCCACCUCUUUGUGGUUGCAGCAGAAGUGAUUUAUUUCCUCUUUAUUGUGUACUACAUGAUAGUGCAGGGAAAACUGAUGAAGAGUCUGAGAUGGAGAUAUUUCCACAGCAAGUGGAAUCUCCUGGAGAUGGCCAUUAUACUGAUUAGCUGGAGUGCUCUGUCGGUGUUUGUGAAGAGGACAAUCCUUGGGACCCGAGACAUCAGUUACUACCAGGAACACAAAGAGAACUCUGUGAGCUUCAGCGAGACAGCGAGAGCUGAUGCAGUUCUUGGCUACCUGAUCGCCUUCCUGGUGCUCCUCUCCACAGUGAAGCUGUGGCACCUCCUCAGGCUCAACCCUAAGCUAAACAUGAUCACCUCAGCACUGAGGAGGGCGUGGGGUGACAUCUCUGGGUUCCUCACUGUGAUUGCAAUCAUGUUCCUGGCCUAUUCCAUUGCUGCAAACCUGAUAUUUGGCUGGAAGCUCUACUCUUACAAAACUCUCUUUGAUUCAGCAGAGACCAUGGUCAGUCUUCAGAUGGGAAUCUUCAACUAUGAAGAGGUCUUGGACUACAAUCCAAUUUUAGGCUCCUUCUUAAUUGGAUCCUGCAUCAUUUUUAUGACAUUUGUGGUACUGAAUCUGUUCAUUUCGGUGAUUCUCGUUGCUUUUAGUGAGGAGCAGAAGCACUACCAGGCUUCAGAAGAAGAGGAGAUCGUUGAUCUCAUGCUAAUGAAACUCUUCAGUUUCUUCGGGAUUAAAUGCAAGAAGGAAGAGAAGCCACUCACUGAGGGGCAGCUGGAGCAACCUGUCAGCGAGUGAAUGAUGACCACGUUGAAAAGUCACUUUGCUUGUGGGCAAAAUAUUUACUUGUUCGCUGUCAGCUGCAGUGGUUAGGGUUAGGUUAGGCUUUAGGCUUAGGUUAUCGCAGCUUGCCACUGGAACGGGUUUACCCAAGGGAAUGUCGUGACGCUGUGUCAGGGGAGGCUUAGGCUGGAUAUUAGGAAAAGGUUAAAGGGGUCGGGCACAGAACAGGCUCCCAGGGCAGUGGUAGUGAUUCCAAGCCUGAGAGAGUUGAAGGAGCCUUUGGACAGUGCUCUCAGGCACGCAGUGGGAUUCUUGUGGGUGUCCUGUGCAGGGCCAGGAGCCGGACUUUGAUCAUCCGUGUGGGUCCCUCCCAACUCAGAAUAUACCGUGGUUGUGGGAAAAUGACGCGGUGUCCACCAGCGAGCCGUUCCCAGCGUGUUAUUUUGGAGUAACAGCUAAGAAGUAACGCUAAACCUAAGGCGAAACGUCCCACGUGCACUUGCUGUAGAUUCGGCACCUGUAUUUAUUUAAUAAACACUGAGCGUCUGUUGCAGUCUGGUUAAACCCCCCCGCUCUCCCUCACGGGAAGAUGGCGGCUC